AUGGUAAGAAUUCCUGCACAGCCUCUGGCAUGCAAAUCAUCCACAUCCCGCAAACCUUACUUUUCCUUUUCGCACAUCGUCACCUGCAAGCAGGCGAGGAACUACGACGAAACCCCACGAAAGGCCGACUAUUCGCCGCCAGCGCAAAAGCCGCACGACAUGGUCCCCGGUGUGUCAGAACCGGUCCUCGGUGCCCACCAAGAGAACCAGCCGCUCCACGAAGCCUACUCGGUGAACGCUGCUGAUGCCAGCAACCGAGCCGCGCAGGCGGGCAACGUGGCAGCUCACCACGCCGAGCCUGGCCAGGCCGUGCAAUCCAAGGCUGCUAAGAGCAAGCGCGUCGAUGACGCCAACAUCGCCAAACUGGUCGCCGAGGAGAAUGAGAGUAGGAGCAAGUUCCCGAGGUACCCCGGUCUGGAGAGAUGGGAACUGCUCGAGAAGAUGGGCGACGGCGCCUUCAGCAACGUCUACAGGGCUCGUGAUCUCGAGGGAGGCUUCAACGGCGAGGUUGCCAUCAAGGUGGUGCGCAAGUUCGAGAUGAACAGUCUACAGCGAGCAAACAUCCUUAAGGAGGUCCAAAUCAUGCGCCAGCUCGACCAUCCCAACAUCAUCAAGCUCGUUGACUUUUCCGAGUCGAAGCAAUACUACUACAUCAUCCUCGAGCUCGCCCCAGGCGGUGAGCUCUUCCACCAGAUUGUCAGGCUCACGUACUUCAGCGAAGACCUGUCAAGGCAUGUCAUCACGCAAGUAGCCAAGGCGUUGGAGUAUCUUCAUGAGGAGAAGGGUGUUGUUCAUCGAGAUAUCAAGCCGGAGAACAUUCUCUUCAGCCCUAUUCCCUUCAUCCCAUCCAAGCAUCCCAAGCCAAAGCAGCCUGGCGAUGAGGACAAGGUCGACGAAGGCGACUUCGUCCCCGGCCAGGGAGCUGGAGGAAUUGGCCGGAUCAAGAUUGCCGAUUUCGGCCUCUCCAAGAUCGUCUGGGAGAACAAGACGACAACCCCUUGCGGUACUGUCGGCUACACGGCACCCGAGAUUGUAAAGGACGAGCGGUACUCAAAGUCAGUGGACAUGUGGGCACUGGGUUGUGUACUCUACACCCUUUUGUGCGGAUUCCCGCCUUUCUACGACGAGAGCAUCGAGGUGCUCACUGAGAAGGUUGCCAAGGGACAGUAUACCUUCCUCUCGCCCUGGUGGGAUGAUAUCUCCAAGUCAGCGCAGGAUUUGAUAUCACACCUGCUGACGGUGGACCCGGAACAACGGUACACGAUAACAGAAUUCUUGAACCACCCCUGGAUCAAGGCUUCUGGUCCCACGCCCCGCGAGGAGAAGAAGCAGCCGCAACUGACUCAAGAUGGCAUGCUUCGUGCCUUUGAUGCCACCAAGCUCAUUGACGGCGACAAACGAUAUGACUUCCGCUCGCCGGGGGCUGUCAACCUGCGUGAGGUCUUCGAUGUCGGAUACGCGGUGCACCGGCAGGAGGAGGAGGGCAAGCGACGCAAGCAGGUCGGUUCGAAAGCGGCUGGCGUGCCAUCAAACCUGGCCGGCCUCAACGAGGAGGACGAGGAAGAUGAGCAGAUGGCCGAUGCCGGCGACGACAACCGCGAGUACGUCCACAAGACCAAGCCUGGUCAGACGGCCACGCACCAGCUGGAGCAGAGCAUGCGCAACACCAACAUCAAGGACCAAGAGCACCGCGGUAGGGAGCGCGAGCAGCGCGACAGGCACCACGGGACCUCCGACAAGGGCUACGGGCAGCACUCUGCGGCCGUCACGGCGGCGGCCAGGCAGCAGGUUAGGGACCGCAACCGGGCAAAGGGCGCGUUUGAGCUCAACCUGGACGGUCCGACCGAGGAAGUCGCUCAGGGAUUGAUGGGGUACAGCCGCGACCUGUCCGCCGUCAUCGACGAGAUAAGAGUCUCUGUUGGGUAUCCCAAGGUGCCGCUGCUGAACCUGACGCCGAAGAAGGGCUCGGGACAGAGCCGGAAGCAGGAGAAUGAGCCUGCUGUGACGCAGCCCGCCGCCCAGGACAGCGAGGAGGCGGGACCGUCCGUUGAGGUAGUGGAGGUAGCAGAGGAGCAGAGCCCUGCCAAGGAGGAAGUUGGUAGAGAGGAGGAAGAUAUGGAUCCCGUGCGACGGAUGUUGAUAUAUGAGGGUGGUGGCGCGAUGCUGGGGUAA